CCUUUUUUAAAUGGGAGUUCCCCCCGGGGUUAGGAGGGCCGUAUGGGAGAAUAUUUAGCCUAGCGUCGUGCCAAUCGAAAAAAUUCUUCAAGCUUGAUUACCUUGUAAACGUCUAAAAAUGCCUGAAUUGCUCGGGCUAAAUGUUGAUGUGUGUGGCGCCUGACGACAGGCAUUAUGCUUUCGAAAGAUAAAGCCGGUUUUUAAAGAAAAUUGUAAAAUUAAGUGAAAUAUACGCUCUUCUCGACUUUUCGGUUUCGGGUUGGAGACACUAAUAUUUUCAAGGGGAAGCAUUCGGUACCUUGUACUUAGAUCAUCAGCUACAAAGAACUCACACCGGAUGCAUUUCUGUUUACUUUUAGGGGACAUUUCCACGCUAAAAUAACCUCACGGUUGUUAUGUUGUGUUCAGAUGUUCCCAUUUUUCACACUUCGAUAAUAAAUCACUCGGGGAAAUCAUUCUUCAAUUAUUUAUUUGAAUUUAAAAAUUGACUAAAUUCCCGGAGAAAGUCAGCUAUGUCGAGAAGCGCGCGCUAGUUUCUGAUUGGUGAACCUUCUUACGGUAAUUGAUGGUUGAUGAAAUCGGAUUACAUGGAAAUUGGUGCGCGUAAUGCGAAAAGUCUGGUUCUUGUGUUAGGCUUGCCACUCUCUUCGUCCUCGCGUUUUUUUCCUCUUCCAGCAUUUCCCCGUUUACGCCUGCAACGCAGGCCGUUAACGUCGGGCAGGAAAGUGCAUUUCACAGAGAGAAACGUGCUGUAGACACAUAUCUUUAAAAUGUCUGGUAUUUCAGCUGAUGUCCUCGGUCAAAUCCUUCUCAAAACGUUCCUCAAUUAUCCGCAAUUUUUCUCCAGAAACUACACUCUCCGCGAGAUGCUUACGACAAUUCGCCACAAUGGGACUAUGUUGCCUUUCAUUGCAAACGCAACAGGCCUAGAUGAGAGAGUGCUAGAACGAACUGUUGACUGGUAUUUGAAAGUAGCAAAGUAUAUGGAAACAAAAACAGCAACGCCAACGAGUAACAAAAGUAUAAUCUAUCUUUGCCUUCCCGAUACCAGUGCUGGCUUUCUGAUGUUUGCUUCGGUAUUCAUCGCGCUUGUUAUCAUCUUGGUUCUCUCUUUUUUAACUAAACGGAAGAGGAAAGCGUUGUUGUGCGGUAAAAUUUUCACAAGACCGGGAUUGUGUAUGUAAGUACAUUAUUCAUUUCGGUUUUGUCGUUUUUUUUGGCUGCCCAUCCAUCCCUGCACCAUCUCAACUCAGUUUUGAUAAAAUAGUCAUUUGAGACACCUUAACGAU